AUGAUCAGAGUUACCACCUUUGUGAAUGGGGAUGACCUUUGCUCAGUGCUGGUGCAGGUCACUGAAGGGUCCAGGGUUCCCUUGAAGUGCUCGGUCCCAGACCCAGGCCCCACUGUUGACUGGUUUCGGGUCCUGCAGUCCACAGGGGAGGUGGAUUUCAUUGUCUCAGUUUACACUAUGAACCCCGGGGAGAAGAGGAGGGGUCAAUCUAUAGACUCCUUCAGUGUGGAGGACAUCAAAAGUCACGUUCUGAUCCUGAAGUCCUUCACAAAAUCUGACUCUGGGUUCUACAGCUGUGUGUCCUUCAAGAAAGACGUGAAGUUUGGAACGGUGACGAUGCUGCAGCUAGAGCCCCAGGCAGAGGGCGCGCAUACAGUGAAGGGCACAAACCGGGAUUGCCCCGCCCCAUGCACAAGCCCCGCCCCAUGCACAAGCCCCGCCCCAUGCACAAGCCCCACCCAUUCAGGUUGCAGAAAGCGACUCCUGGGAGGCUCCUGA